GGUCUGUCAUGUGACUCUUCGGCGGCACCAUGGCGGAAGCAGAAGAUCAGGAAACCGGGUCUCUUGAAGAAUCUACAGAUGAGUCUGAGGAAGAAGAGAGUGAAGAGGAACCCAAACUCAAGUAUGAAAGGCUUUCUAAUGGAGUUACUGAAAUUCUUCAGAAGGAUGCAGCUAGCUGCAUGACAGUCCAUGACAAGUUUUUGGCACUGGGCACACAUUAUGGCAAGGUUUAUUUACUUGAUGUCCAGGGAAACAUCACUCAGAAGUUUGAUGUAAGUCCUGUGAAGAUAAAUCAGAUUAGCCUAGAUGAAAGCGGAGAACAUAUGGGCGUGUGUUCAGAGGAUGGCAAGGUGCAGGUAUUUGGACUAUAUUCUGGAGAAGAAUUUCAUGAGACUUUUGACUGUCCCAUUAAAAUCAUUGCUGUGCACCCACAUUUUGUGAGGUCCAGUUGCAAGCAGUUUGUGACCGGAGGGAAGAAGUUGCUGCUCUUUGAACGGUCCUGGAUGAACAGAUGGAAGUCUUUGGUUCUGCACGAAGGGGAAGGGAACAUACGGAGUGUGAAGUGGAGAGGUCAUCUGAUCGCUUGGGCCAAUAAUAUGGGUGUGAAGAUUUUUGACAUUACCUCAAAGCAAAGAAUCACCAAUGUGCCCCGGGAUGAUAUAAGUCUUCGCCCAGAUAUGUAUCCCUGCAGCCUCUGCUGGAAGGACAAUGUGACACUGAUUAUUGGCUGGGGAACUUCUGUCAAGAUAUGCUCAGUGAAGGAACGGCAUGCUAGUGAAAUGAGGGAUUUGCCAAGUCGAUAUGUUGAAAUAGUGUCUCAGUUUGAAACUGAAUUCCACAUCAGUGGACUCGCACCUCUCUGUGAUCAGCUUGUUGUACUUUCCUACGUAAAGGAGGUUUCAGAAAAAACGGAAAGAGAAUAUUGUGCCAGACCUAGACUGGAUAUCAUCCAACCACUUUCUGAGACUUGUGAAGAGAUUUCUUCUGAUGCUUUGACAGUCAGAGGUUUUCAGGAGAAUGAAUGUAGAGAUUAUCAUUUAGAAUACUCUGAAGGGGAAUCACUCUUCUACAUUGUAAGUCCAAGAGAUGUUGUAGUAGCCAAGGAACGAGACCAAGAUGAUCACAUCGAUUGGCUCCUUGAAAAGAAGAAAUAUGAAGAAGCUUUGAUGGCAGCUGAAAUUAGCCAAAGGAACAUAAAAAGACAUAAGAUUCUGGAUAUUGGCUUGGCGUAUAUAAAUCACCUGGUAGAGAGAGGAGAAUAUGACAUAGCAGCACGCAAAUGCCAGAAAAUCCUUGGGAAAAAUGCAGCCCUCUGGGAAUAUGAAGUUUAUAAAUUUAAAGAAAUUGGACAGCUUAAGGCUGUUAGUCCUUAUUUGCCAAGAGGGGAUCCAGUUCUGAAGCCACUCAUCUAUGAAAUGGUCUUACACGAGUUUUUGGAAAGUGAUUAUGAGGGUUUUGCCACACUGAUCCGAGAAUGGCCUGGAGAUCUGUACAACAAUUCAGUAAUAGUUCAAGCAGUUCGAGACCACCUGAAGAAAGAUAGUCAGAACAAGACUUUACUCAAAACCCUGGCAGAAUUGUAUACCUAUGACAAGAACUAUGGCAAUGCUCUGGAAAUAUACUUAACAUUAAGACAUAAAGAUGUUUUCCAACUGAUACACAAGCAUAAUCUUUUCAGUUCUAUCAAGGAUAAAAUAGUUUUAUUGAUGGAUUUUGAUUCAGAGAAAGCUGUUGACAUGCUCUUGGACAACGAAGAUAAAAUUUCAAUUAAAAAGGUAGUGGAAGAGUUAGAAGACAGACCAGAGUUACAGCAUGUGUAUUUGCAUAAACUCUUCAAGAGAGACCAUCAUAAGGGACAGCGCUACCAUGAAAAACAGAUCAGUCUUUAUGCUGAAUAUGAUCGACCAAACUUACUACCCUUUCUCCGAGAUAGUACCCAUUGCCCACUUGAAAAGGCUCUUGAGAUUUGUCAGCAGAGAAACUUUGUAGAAGAGACAGUGUAUCUUCUGAGCAGGAUGGGUAAUAGCCGAAGCGCCCUGAAGAUGAUUAUGGAGGAACUGCAUGAUGUUGAUAAAGCAAUCGAAUUUGCCAAGGAACAAGAUGAUGGAGAACUCUGGGAAGAUCUAAUUUUGUAUUCCAUUGACAAACCACCAUUUAUUACUGGCUUGUUGAACAACAUCGGCACACAUGUUGACCCAAUUCUUCUGAUUCACCGUAUUAAGGAAGGAAUGGAGAUUCCCAAUCUGAGAGACUCCUUGGUUAAAAUAUUGCAAGACUACAAUUUGCAAAUUCUUCUUCGUGAAGGCUGCAAGAAGAUUCUCGUAGCUGACUCCUUGUCCUUACUGAAGAAAAUGCACCGAACUCAGAUGAAAGGUGUUCUGGUUGAUGAAGAGAAUAUCUGUGAAUCGUGCCUUUCCCCCAUCCUUCCCACUGAUGCAGCGAAGCCCUUCAGUGUGGUGGUCUUCCACUGCCGGCACAUGUUCCACAAGGAGUGUCUACCUGUACCUAGCAUGAAUUCUCCUGCACAAUACUGCAACAUCUGCAGUGCAAAGAACCGGGGACCAGGAAGUGCAAUUUUGGAGAUGAAAAAAUAGCACAGCUCUGCUCAUCAGUCUCUUCCUCACUGCUCUUUUUAAGACUGUUCUUGUAACCGUAUAAGUGUUUGUUAGCACCAGUGCUGAUAUGAGAUUUAUUCAUAUGUAUAUUAUGCUCAGACAGUUUCUUCAUCCAUGCCUGUCUUCUAGAGAUUUUUCUUUGCAGUUGAUAAAGAACUUGUGGCUUUUCCCAUGCCUUGAAAUAUUUGGGUUCAUAGUCAUUAGUUCAUCAUUUGUUUGGCUCAUUAUUUAACAGUGGAAACAUAAGUCUCAGAGGUAGACAUGAAUUUUUUAUAAGUUAGUAACACUGUUCAACCAUAAAGUGGACUACUGAGAAUUGUCCCAGCUGUCAGAGAACAUCGCCAACUGUGAUUAUCCAGCAAGCUCCUACUCACAACUUGGACCUUGUUUCCACAUGCUUUGCUGGCAACAGUUCCUGCAUUCUGGGCUUGGCUUUUUUAUGUCAUCAUCUGUAGUUAUUGUCCUAAUAGGCAUUUAAUGAAACAUUGUGCAAACUGUCAUUCAUUCAGUGAUAUAUGGGAAUAACAUUAAUAGACUGAUGUCCUGCAGCUCUGUGUUUACUUAUCACUUGUUCUGUGUGUUCUGACAACCAGUAGAGUAUCUGGCCCUUUCAGGCACUCAGCAUUUGUUGACUGAAUAAAUGUUAGUACUUCUCAUUGUGAAAGACUCAAACUUUUACUGGGUUGAACUGCAGUCGGCAAGUCAAACACCGUGGUGAGGAAGAGAGGUUCAACAUCUUAGUAUCUGAGGGAUUGUGGUUAGGUUUUGCUAGUAGAGAAGAAAGGAGUGACCCUGUCAAACCAGGGAGGGAUUCUCAGAAGAAAUGGGAUGGCUUAAUACCAGAGGAUGGGCAUAAUUAUGAUGUUCCUUUUCAAAGCCUUCCAUGGAGGCUCCUCCAAGAACAAAGAAUAUAGUGGAGGGAAUUCAAACUUGUCUCUGUGUCUUAUAGUUAUUGUCUAGUUAUGUGGAUACAUCUGCUUCCAUCUCUUUGGUGGGAAGAUGGAACUAGUGAAUAAAGAUCACCUGCGGACAUCCAUACUUCACCAGAUCAUUACUAUGAGCAGUGUCUCCCUCGCUUCUCCUGGCAUCCCCCGGCGGAGACCUUACCCUGGGUUACAGGAGAAAACCAGAACGCACUUGUUGGAAAGGUUGCAGGAGACUGCCUGACCUCAGACAGGGCCCCCCAUCCCUUCAUGAAAUCUUAGGCCAGGAUCAGAAAACACAGAGCACUUCUUCAUGCUGGAGUUAAAAUCCUCUAGCAGACAAUAGAUUUAUUUAUUAGUCAUCAAUAUUUAGAAGUUUGUUGUUUUUGAAUGUACCUCUCAGCCUUCUUAGUAUUACCUUAUUCCAAAACUAGCAUUCUUUCUGCUACAUUAUGAGUUUCCAGUGUUUGUUUUUACCAGAGAAACCCAUCCUUUACAAAAUAAACCUUAAAGCCCAAUUUAUUGUUUUCAAAUUACUGAUUUAAUGUAAGGAUUUAGCUUGUUAAAUUUUUAUUAGUCCCUUCUUAUAAUUUCAGUGGGCUCAUUCCAGCAAAGUUCUAUAAAAAAAACCAUCAACAGGAUUUGUUGAUUUCAAUAAAUCAUUUUGCUUCUGGGGUAAAUUAUACUAGUCAGUCCUAUGUGAACAUAAAGAAAAUCGUAGCUACAGAAAAGGAGAUAAUUAUUUAACAUUGUUCAUUUUAAAUAACUGAUUUAAGAGGAAAAUAAUGAAGUGUUCAUUCCCCACUUCAGAAAUAACUAAAACAUUAGAAAAUUCCUGAACAAAAUAGAAUUUAUUGUUAAUAAAGAACACUAACUCUCCCUCCUUAGAAUCACUUUCCUUUUGAAAAAAUCAUGCCUGAUGGUUAUACUAAAGGACAUCCAAACCUUAUUUUUAAUCAUUUAAAUAUAGCAAAAUAAUCAAAAUGCUAGUCAAAUUACCUUUUUUCAUGCAUGAUUAUCCCAAUUUAAAACCGUCUCUAGUAUUAUUUCUGCUACACUGUGAGUUUCCAGGUUUGUGCAGAAGCAAACCUUGAUGAAAAACACUGUUGCAAGGUGUGCAUCUUCUCCUUAAAGAAGGGACAACAGCCCAGUUCAAAGUUUAUUUUGUUGAUAGCCUUUAUUUUGCUUUUGCUUUUAACCAGAAGAAUUCUCUACUAGUUGGUGUUCAUCCUUGAAAAUUUGAGUUAUCAGUAAAUGUUAGUUAAUUUGUUCAUUUUUAUAGUGUUAAGCUAACUAUUUUAAUAUAAAGGCAAAUACUGAUGGAGUAAGCACUCUGUGCCAGGUGCUAUUUAAAAGCACUUUGCAUACAUCCUCUCAUCUAAGUCAUCACAGGACCCAGUGAGGUGAGUGUUCUGACUACCACUGUUGUUUCUCCAAUGAGGAAACUAAAGCAGAGGAAGGCUAAGCAGCUUGUCCAGAUCGAGUAGCGGUAAGUGGUGCAGCUGGGAUCCAGGCAGUUUGCCCUCGUGGUGCCUGAGCUUUUAACCAACCACUGCAUACUUGACCUUUUUUUUUUUUUUCUUAACAUACUCUUUUGACCUGUUUUGGUCAUUGUAUAGAAAGUAAAACUUCCUCAUGUUACAGAAAGUGACUGAUUAUAAAGUACUGGUUGGCUUACAGAAGCAUUGAUGGAGCUAAAGAAACAAACUCUAGGGAAGAUUGCAAAACAACUCAACCAAGCCACCCUCCAGAACUGGGCUGCCCAGGAGUCCGGUGCACCACCUCCACCAGAGAGGGCUGCACCCAGGGCAAGUCAUCCCUGUGAAGUAAACACUGUAAAUAAAAAUACACUAAUUUCUUAGUUUCUUCUGAAGCUCAGUCUCAGUAGCGUUAAACAAAAAAUAUUACGUGUAUAGCUAUGUGUAUAGAAGACAUUUCUAUAUCAGUCUGUUCUGGUUUCUAUGAUCAAGACUCAGGCUAUUACAAUUCUCAACAAUUUUGUUCCUAAACUGUAACUUUCACUUCCAAUUCCUGAACUGCUAAACUGAAUGCCAAUUUAUAAAAUCUGAAAUAAAGUGCCUUUCUCUUUUCUCA